UUUUUCUAUUUUUUUCUCUCAAUAGUUCAGAAUGAAAUCAUUGUCCUUACAACAAAUACAGAAGAUACUAUGAAAAAUAGAGUGAGGAGAACAGAAAUCAAUGUAGAAGGGGAAGCAAAAAAUAAGGACACGGUCAUGGAAGUUGACAGACAGUCAAGCUAUCAAGCACAUGAAACUGUUAAUGAUAGCAAGGAAAAUCAUCGACCAGAACCAUCAGUACCAGACCACAAACUGAAUCAGCUUGGUGCAGAAAAGAUGAAAAGGCAAGAUGCAGCAAUUCAGACAAUCCCUUCCAGCAACAGUUCUGAGGGGAAUCACCAAGAUCGUAAUGUGCGUGCUUUCAAAGUUGAUGAAAGUGUGCAAACUUCAAAUAACAAACCAACUCAACACCUAUCUUUAAAUCUACAAAAUCAUGUAACUACCUCAAGAGAAUUGAGGAUUCAGAGCACCCCAGUUGUAUAUUCAGAAGACAGACUUGCCAUAAAAGAUCCAACUUGUGCACAAGGCAAUGAUGAUCCUUUGUCUCCUAUAGAUGGAAUUGAUAAAUAUUCAGCUGCUUCUUAUCUAAAGAAUCUGCCAAUUUACAGACAAGACUAUAAUCCCAAGCCAAAACCUUCAAAUGAAAUUACAAGAGAGUAUAUACCCAAAAUUGGAAUGACUACUUAUAAAAUAGUACCUCCCAAAUCCCUGGAUAUACUGAAAGACUGGGAAUCAGAAACCAUAGGGUAUAAAGAUGAUCAAAAGAUACAUGCUUCAGGGAAUGUGAAGGAGGUGGCCCUGCAAACACAAGACCUUUUUACUUCUGAAGGCCCAGGGGAGCUACAGGUAGACCCUAAACCAAAGCCUAACUUGAGAACAGAGCAACAGUUGCACAGGGCUGUGAGCUCACACGAUGGUGCUGUGACUAAUCCUUGGAAACUUCCCAGAAUGACUAGAGACAUUGGCACAGCUCCUUUUGCACCAAAUUUGGAAGAAAUAAACAAUAUUUUGGAAUCGAAAUUUAAAUCUGGAUCAAAUCCCCAGGCCAAACCAAGUUCUUUUUUCUUGAAGAUGCAGAAGAGAGUAUCAGGUCAGUAUGUGACAUCUGCAGCUGCCAAGAAUGUCCAUACUAUCCCUAAUCCUUCCCCCAAGGAACUAACAAAAAAAGAGAUGGAAAGGGACACACUGCCUCAUUCAGAACAGACACUUUCUCCCUUAAGUAAAACUACUCACCCAGCUCCACAGCCCCAAACUAAAAAGAUGGAAGAUGACAUCAUCAACCAGAAACCUGCUGAAACCUCUCCUCCUCCUAUAGCUCCCAAGCCUAUGCCUCUUCCCACUAGUCAGGUAGCAGCGGUAACGAAGAUUCUGAAAACUUUUGGUGCCCCAAGACCAUACUCAAGUUCUGCUCCUUCACCAUUUGCCCUUGCUGUUGUGAAGAGGUCACAGUCUUUCAGUAAGGCACAGCCCGAGUCACUCAGUUUGGGUGCAUCCAACCAACCUCCAGCUCACCCAGAGGAUGGGAGGACUUGCUGUGUACACAGGUGUGCAGACAUCCCACAAAUUGAUAUGAUGGAUAAGCAAAAUAACUCUGCACAUAAUGAACAAAAUUCUCCAACACCAACUCCAGCUGACUGCCCAUAAUUCACCCUUAGGAGACAAAGUUCUUUAACAUUCCAAAGCCCUGACCCAGAACAGAUCUGACAGAGUUUGCUGACUGCAAUCUGUUCUGGAGAGGCUGCUGCCAAAUUGAAAGG